UUUUCUUUGGGAAAUGAUAAAACGCAUUCAACAUCCAUUGAUUUGCUAUACCCAAAGCCUUGCAAACCAACAUAUGUAAACACGUAUAAAUUGUAGCCUGUGACCUUGUAGCUGUCAUUUCUGCUUUGAGCAGGUCUUUUAAACCAAUAUGUAUGGUUCAUUCUCAAUAUAGAUUUUCAUGGGGAAUUCAGGUGAGUAAGUGGACUUUAAAGGGUAGAAGAACUAAAUAGCCAAAGAAAAAUUUUAUACCCAAAUAAGGAGAACGGCUCUGAGGAACAUCAGAAAUGGCUGAAGGACAAUGGGAGAAGCAAAUUGUAUCACUUCCCAAUAGGACGAAAAAUUCUGUUGCGAUUCAGAAUACUCCAUUUGGAGCCAAAAGGUUGAAACAUUCUCUUUUUCAAUCUCAAAACCCACAAACUAUAAAAAAGGAGUUGGAUUGUUUAGAGCGUUAUGUGGUAGCCCAGGCUUCUUACGAAAGGAAGAGAGAUGAGCAGUUUAAAGCUAUCGAAGCCCACUUGGUGAUAGCUAACAGAGAAACCAAACUACUUCUCGAGGAUAAAAGGCAAGUAGUGAUUGAUUUGCACAAGUCUGAACAAGAACUCCAACAUUAUAAGCAGAUAUCUCAACAGGUUAGAGAAGAGAAAGAGAAAAUGGCUGAUGAGCUGCAAAUCACCAAGAAGGAGCUUCAGAAAUGCAAGGACAAGUCCGAACAGAAAAUGCAAGAAUUGGACAGGUUGAAGAGUGAGAUGAACUACUUAGUCCAGGAAAAGUUUAAGAUAGUGAGGGAGAAAGAUCAAAUUGCAGGCAGGCUACAAAGGUUGGAGCAGAUGGUGGAAUGUUGUAAACUAAAGGCUGACCAGUGGAACGAAAUGCAGACAAAAAUUGACAGAUGGAAAGGUGCAUUGAAGUUUGCUAUUCAGGAGAGGGAGCGUUUAUCAAAGGAGAAGGACAAGAUAGCAGAUGAACUGAAAAAGACCCACGAGUUGCAUACAAGAGUGGAUCCAAAAUUUUCUGAUAUAGAUGACUCUUUCCAUUGCCUUAUUUGCAUGGAGCCAUGGACAGAAUCUCAGUCUGGGGAGCAUAAUAUCUGCUCCCUCGCUUGUGGGCACUUUUUUGGUAGGUCUUGUAUAACAAAAUGGAUUAAGCUAAAUCGUCUCAGCAAUUCUUCCAAGUGUCCUACAUGUCAGAAAGAAGCAACGCUGAAGGACAUAAGAAAUCACUAUGUGGAACAUAUAUCUGUUCGAUGUCAAAAUAAUCGAUAGAUGGAUCUGUGAUUAGAAUAAUGCUAUACAUUAACUAAAUCAGCUCUUCCAAUAGAAGUGAGCUAUUCGUUGAAACAUAUAUGAUAUAAUUAUUGAAGCCUUAGCAUCACAAACAUUUAAUUCAAAGUUUUAUCUUUUAACUGGGAAUUAAAUUUGAAGUUGCCAUUUGCUUUAUUUGUUUUAUAAUUUACACUAUAGAAUUUUUUAAGAUUGUGAAGUUUGAACAUUAUGUAUUGAAGAGCACCAAAUUUCUGUUUC